GGGGCACAACGCGCUCGCUGUGGGGAAGAGAAGGAGGGAGAAUUAGCUCGUCUUUCUCGGCUUCUAAAGGGGAGGAAAGCAGCAAGCUGAAGAAGCCUCCCUAAGCCAACACCUUCAGCCACCAGCGACGAAAGGGGGAAAUCUUGUGGCUGCAUUUUCUCCCCUUCUUCUUCUUCCCACCCCUGACAAUGCCUGCUCGACGCUGGGGUUCUGGGGCUCCUCGCUUGCUGUUGGCGCUGCUUCUGGCUGCGCUGCCUCAGGUCUCUGGCCACCGCGCAACGGGGCCCAGGUUUUUAAUAAGUGAUCGUGACAGAGACCCGCAAUGUAACCUCCACUGCUCCAGGUCCCCAACCAAGCCCCUCUGUGCUUCAGAUGGCAGGACAUACGAGUCGAUGUGUGACUAUCAGAGAGCAAAAUGCAGGGAUGCAAGCCUGAGUGUGGUUCAUCGAGGCAGAUGUAAAGAUGCUGGUCAAAGCAAAUGCAGAAUAGAAAGGGCUCAAGCUCUGGAUCAAGCAAAGAAGCCGCAAGAAGCAGUCUUCAUUCCAGAGUGCACUGAGGAUGGAUCAUUCACCCAAGUGCAGUGCCAUACCUAUACUGGAUACUGCUGGUGCGUCACUCCAGAUGGCAAACCCAUCAGUGGUUCUUCUGUACAGAACAAAACUCCUGUAUGUUCAGGUUCAGUAACUGACAGGCCUUUAGGACACGGUAAUUCUGGGAGAAAAGAUGAUGGUUCGAAACCAACACCCACCAUGGAGACCCAGCCUGCUUUUGACGGAGAAGAGAUCACAGCUCCCACCCUUUGGAUUAAGCAUUUGGUCAUCAAAGAUUCCAAACUGAACAGUUCUAGUAUGAAAAAUUCAGAGAAAGUUAACUCAUGUGACCACGAGAGGCAAACUGCUCUUGAAGAGGCCAGGCAGAACCCUCGUGAAGGGAUUGUUAUCCCUGAAUGUGCCCCUGGAGGACUGUACAAGCCAGUGCAGUGUCACCAGUCCACAGGAUAUUGCUGGUGUGUUCUGGUAGACACAGGCCGUCCUCUGCCUGGUACUUCCACCCGAUACGAGACCCCCGUGUGUGAAAGUGACGCCAGAUCGAAGAGCCCAGAAAUGGACGACCCUUUCAAAGACCGAGAACUUCCAGGCUGCCCAGAAGGGAAGAAAGUAGAAUUUAUUACAAGUUUACUGGAUGCUCUCACCACAGACAUGGUACAGGCCAUUAACUCAGCAGCACCUGCUGGAGGCGGAAGGUUCUCUGAGCCUGAUCCCAGCCACACGUUGGAAGAGCGGGUGGUCCAUUGGUAUUUCAGCCAGCUGGACAACAAUAACAGCAAUGACAUCAACAAGAGGGAGAUGAAGCCCUUCAAGCGCUAUGUCAAGAAGAAAGCCAAGCCCAAGAAAUGUACGCGGCGGUUCAUUGACUACUGUGACCUCAACAAGGACAAGUCCAUCUCACUACAAGAACUGAAAGGUUGCCUGGGCGUUGGGAAGGAAGGAGGGAGCGUUGGAAGUUUUCCCCAUGGAAAAAGACAAGGUGUUAACCCUUUCAUCGGACGUCUUGUCUAAGAGCUGAUGGAAAAGCAUGAACCAGAUGGAAGGAAGGACGGACGGACGGACCGGACACAUCGCCAUUUGAAAACACUCAGGUGGAACUGGCAACAUCCAACGUAGCAGAAGUGGCCACCACAACAUUUGCACUUUUGGAAAAAUAAAAUGAAGAGGGGUGGAAGUUGGUCUACUUAUUAUGCCAUUUUAUAUAGUACUUUAGAGAAGAAGAAAGAAUAAACAAAGAAAGAAAAAGAUGAAGAAAGAAAACUGAACAGCUACUGAUGAUUUAAAUGUUAGGGAUUUGCUUGGACUUGAAGAAUGAUGUUUAAUAUACUGUAUAUAAAUGUAAAUUGUACAGUUGUCUUGUGCUGGCUUUAGUGUGACUAUUUGGUUUCUGCCUAUGACUUUUUUGAAGCUGGUUUAGAUUAAAGGGGUACAGAGGACUCUGGAAUCCAGGGAUGCAUUGGUUUUGACAACCAAUCAAAAUUCAACUUCUUUCUUGCACAAGCAUAAUCAUGAUUCAAAUAAGUCAACAGUGUUGGUGGCUCACACAUUACUUGAACACUGUGUGUGCGUCUCUGUGUGUGUGUUCACGCGCACAUACCCAUCCAUACACAAACACAAAUGCAGAAAAUGGGACUAGUCAGCACUAGUCCUACUCAGAGUAGUUUCUCCCUCUGGAGCAUCUGAGGACUACUUUUGUAUAGGUCAGCUAUGAUCUCUCAAGGCCAAGACCACCUUAGCUCCAGCAGUAUGACAGUUUCAUGUGCUUUCCAGGUUUGCUCCGAUUUUUUCUGUUAUGGGGUUUAAAGCUAAUUGCUGCAUUGGCAUGAGAAUAGCUUUCCCUACCCCAUGCUAAAUCUUAUUCCUGCUGGACUAGCUGCAAUCAACCUCCUGAUUUUGUUUGGGUCUUGGAUGAAUGUUGAUAAAAGCACAUGUCUCCCACACUUUUGCAGAAGAAAGUGGCGUGGGGAAGUAAAAGGCUCUCUUGUCAAAAUAAAAUGGAGCAGAAGGAGGCAAAACUGUUCUUAAAAAAUAGCAUGUGUGUGCUAGCAGUAUUUGUGCUGUCUUUGUUCAUGUACGCUUGCAGGGUCUUUGUGCUGAACAUCUCACUGUUGAGAAAUGAGGGAUCUGAGUGCUAUAGGUUUGCUUCCACCUUUUCUGUUGGAAGUUGUCCUGCAAACUUGAUUGCCUUGGAUUCCUAUGCUUGCACUGUGAUUGGUGAAUCCAUAGAAAUGCUCCUCAAGGGCAGUGCGGCAAUGCAUCUCCAUGUUUUAGCAGUGGGCUGUUGCAAGCUGAAAUACUCGAACAUCAUUGAAAAGCUGCUGCUUUUCAAGCAAGUCACAAUGGUGGAUUUACAGGACAGUGCCUCCCCCCCCUUUUUUAAAAAUAUUUUGGCUUCAGUUAGGUAAAGAUAGUUGUGUCUCAGUUACCAUAGAGGAUGAUCAAGCUGAAGAACAUCAUGCUUUUUGACCCCCCCCCAU